UUGAUUUUCCACUCCAGCGCUAUUGAACUUGUUAUGGUUGGAACAGAAGAGAAGUGAAUUUUGGCUAAGACCUGAAACUGAGAGUAUUGAAAGACGAAGCGAGGGUUUGUUGCGAAUUGAGAGUGUUUAAGCUCAAACACAAUGAGAGAAAUUUGUAGAAACUUCCAGCGAGGCAGCUGUCAAUACGGAGAAAGGUGUAGAUAUCUUCAUGUAAACCAACAACAGCAAAAAUCUAAUGUUAAUGGGUUUGGAGGACCGAGCAGUUCUCACCAACAGCAUAAUACAAAUCCCUUUGGAUUUGGGACUCAAGCUGGCUCUGGCUCACACCAACAGCAGAAUACCAAUCCUUUUGGUUUUGGCGUGCAGAACAGCUCCCAAUUGAAUGGAACCCCUCGUUCUGAGUUCAAAACAAACCAAUUCAAGCCUUUUGAAAACAAAUGGAAUCGACAUUCAUCCAAUCCCCAGAGUGGCGCCUCGCGUCAAUCUGAUAACCAUUCCCAACCGGUAAAUCAUUCAUGCACAGAUCCCGAGAACUGCAAGCGCCAGAUUGCAGAAGAUUUUCAGCAAGAGAAACCACUUUGGAUUCUUACGUGCUACAGUCAUUGCAAGGGGGCUCCUUGUGACAUUGUUGGUGAUAUUAGCUAUGAAGAAUUGCGGACAGCAGCUUAUGAGGAUGCUAAGAAAGGGAUGAGCUUGCAAUCAAUAGUUGAGAAAGAGAGAAGUAUACUAAAAUCCAAGUUUGUUGAGUUUGAGAAACUGCUUUCUGAACCCUACCGACUACCACUGAAUUCUUCUCUUGAGAGUCAGAAGCAUCAAUCUAUUGGAGUCAAUGCAAAUCCAUUUUCUACAACUACUCAAAAUAAUGGUCCUUUGUCAGUCUCAAGCUUUAGCCAACUGGGUGCUUCAUUGAAUAUGGGUUCUGAAAGGCCCUCUGCACCACUAAUGAACACUCUGGCGCAGCCUAGUUUCUUUGGAAGUGGAGGAAACUCUUUGCCAUCCAACACAGCUAACCUAAGUGGCAGUGGCAUCUCAGGUGCUCAAAGCAGCCCUUAUUCUACACCAGUGGGGCUGACGGUCUUUCCUGGUUCAACUUCUCAGCAAUCAUCCAUUGCCUUCAAUGACUCUAGCUCCGCUAUAAUGUUUCAGACAACAUCAGAUGUUCAAUUGUUAAAUAAGUCUCAAGUGGAGAAUGAGUCCCCAGAUGUCAGUAUAUGGUUAAAAGAGAAAUGGAAUCCUGGAGAGAUUCCGGAAGAAGCUCCUCCAGAUAGAUUUGUUCGGUAGGCAUUUGUGAGUUGGCAUCUGAAACAGAGUUCUCAAUACUGUGUUAGCAAGAUUCAACAAUGUGGUUAGGUGUAUUUUAAUAACUUUAGGGCCUUCCCUGGUUGAAUUAUAGAGAUAAAUAGCAUAUUAGAUCACUUCGGUCCGGCAGUUAUCUGGAAAUUUUUAUACCAAUUGAUGAAAGAAAAUAACUGAUGCAAAAGUAGGGUCGAUUGCAGUUCUUACACUCUAAUGAAAUCUUUUAUGGAUUUG